AUGGCCAAGUUAUUUUUUGUUUGUUGCUGUUUUAUAAUUAUAAGUUAUACAUAUAGCUUAGCUAUAGACGAAGACAUUGUUUUUGGUAUCGAGGACGCCGAUUUAUAUGAUAGCGAUGAUCAAGACGCUAAACAAGGCAAAGGGCAAGAAAAAAUUUUUAAUGUAGAUUGGUUUAAAAUUGUAAUCGGGGUGCUCCUACUUGUAGCAAUUAUCCCUUUGUGUUGUUGUGUUUGCUUGUGUGCAUAUUUAUGUCUUAAAGAAGAUAAUUUCCAAAGAAAUUCUCUUUUAAUACCAUUAAAAGAUCAAUAUACUGAACCAUCUUCUGUUAUAAAUUCACCGAACCACUUAUGAAAAGCACGAAGACUUCGCUCGCAUCAAGGUCCAGUACUAGCUGCACCAAAAUAA